CCGAACCAACAGCACCCAUGAUGAGCCUCACCUUAUGAAACUUCACCUCCAUCAGGCUCAGGCUCCAUGGGACGCCGACCUUGGAAGAGGCGCGACAUACAAUCAUCAAAAAGGAAGUCGCAAGUGACUCCGACAUCAAUGUCGGCCUAUGCCAUGAAUAAUCAAUGUCCGUAUCGAGCUCCGGUAUCAUCGACUUCCUUGGAGCCUGCUCCGCCCUUGCCGCCUGGCCCGCCUCAGCAGGACAACCACCUGCUCAAAGUCGUCUCAUCGCUUUUUGAGAGUGGAAAAUACUCAGACUUGGUGAUAAAAUGCCAAGGUCAGAGAUGGAAGGCUCACAGGGCGGUGGUCUGCACCCAGUCGAGACCACUAGCUGCUGCCAUCGAUGGGAAUUUCAGAGAGUCAAGCACCGGGGAGAUUGAUCUGGAAGAUGACGAUCCCCAGAUCGUCGGAUUCAUGCUUGAGUAUUUUUACAAAAGCGACGUUAGUAUUGAUGCCAACAUCGGCACGAGCGAAAACCCAAUCGAUCUCGAACCAGCACCCCAGAGCUCCGCCCCUCCUCCAUCACUGAUGGAAACCAGACUUUUUCCACGCCAAUACCCAGGAGGCCCUUACAUCAGUAUGAAUCAGAUGAACAAUCUUGUCUAUCCCGUCAGCAAUCCUAUCAACAAUCCUAUUAACACCUCUGCGCCUUCACUUCCGUUUGGCUACCAGCCUGUUGUGCAAUUGACCCAAAGAUCCUAUCCAAUUCCGUCUCACAAUUCAUUCGGUCCAACAGGCUUUACAAACCCUUUCAAUGUCCAGCCCGAGCCUUCUUUCCCUGACAACCCUCCUCCUCCUGUCAUUCCAUCAGUCAGCCCUCAAAACCUCGUCACUCUCGCAGCAAUCUACGUCGUCGCAGAGAAAUACGACGUCCAACCGCUCAAGGUGCUCGCCAAAACCAAGUACGAAUCGAUCCUCGCCACAACCUGGAACACGAAGGAGUUCGUCGAGUCCCUGGAGCUGAUCUACGACGGGUUACCAGAGAUGUCCGAGCCCGACAGCCUCCGCGAUCUGGCGAUCAAGACCGCUGCGGCGCACGCCAAGGCGUUGAUGGAUAGAGAGGAGUUUAUGGAUCUGUGUAAGGAGAGAGGAGACUUUGCGACAGAUGUAUUCAAGGCAUCUUUGCAACAGGGCCAGACCGCGGCAGCGGAUCCAUUUGGAACAGGAGGGUCUGGAAUACUGAUGUGCAGGAACGACAACAGUCAUGCGGUUUACGGCAUAUGGGCAUCGGGUACCUUUGGUGGACCUAUGAUGCAGAGAUACAAGUGUAUGACUUGGCUUAAUUCGAACCAAAAAUGUUUAUUAUAUAUUUUAUAGCGCACUAUGUUCUACAGUCAAAAUAUGAUUUGAAUUCAAGUGGUCGAGAACAAAAUUUUACAGGGAGCGGUCACCCCCUUUUAAGCGAGCGGGCUCGUUGCUCAAAAACAUGCAAAAAUAAAUUCGCACUCACAGCUCUGAGUUGACAAAAGGUAUAAAAAGCAGGGAACAGAAGAGUAAACAGCAAAAGAAAUCCUUUUGGACCAAGAAACUCGCUUUCGCUGGUUUACUUGUGGC